UUCUUAACUAAACAACUUCCCCAUCAUCAAUUCUUCAUCUGUCAAUUAAAUACUCAUCUUAGUCACACGUUCGUUCUGAUUAACUGGACGGUGUCUUCCCAUUGUGCCCGUGUAUCCUUUCCCCUCACCCCUUCUAGAACCACGGCCAUGGGUGGAGACAUGGCCCGACAAGCUCCCAGCGCCCUUCCCCGGACCCCCCAGGGCCCCGUCGGCCAGCGCAUCCAAUCCAUCUACACCGACCGUCUCAAGCAAUUCACUGCUGGUGGUCAAUAUCAGGGACAGAAUCUCCUCUCCAAGUUCUACGAGGCUGUCAACUCCGACGAAGACCAUGUCAAGCUUUCCGUAUACUCCGUUCCCGACCUGCAGCGUCCACCCUUCGAAGAAGCCACAUCCCAUGAGUUCAAGCCCACCCACAUUGGGGCCUCCUUUGGUCCAAGCUGGUCUACUCACUGGUUCCAUAUUCGCUUGAUUAUUCCCGAAGACCUUCGCGACAAAGAACGUCUGGAGUUCCACUGGGAUGCUAAUAACGAAGGUUUGAUCUGGUCGGAAGAUGGCCGGCCCCUCCAAGGUCUUACCGGCGGAGGUGAACGCAUCGAAUGGAUUAUUCCCGAUGCUUGGCGCGACGGAAAGGAGCACGUCUUUUACAUCGAGAUGGCCUGUAAUGGCAUGUUUGGAAACGCACCGGGCGGAGAUUCCAUUCAGCCUCCCGCUCCCGACAAAUAUUUCACCUUGAGCAAGGCCCAAAUCACAGCAGUCAAUCUUGAAGCCCGAGCGUUAUUCUACGAUUUCUGGAUCAUUGGAGAUGCUGCGAGAGAAUUUCCCGGAGACUCGUGGGAAAAGCACGAGGCCAAUAUGGUCUGUAAUGCGAUAAUGGAUGCUUUUAUUGCGGGCAAUGGAAGUCAGGAGUCGAUCAAAGAGGGCCGUAAGAUUGCCAGAAAGUACAUCGGUGAUAAAGUCGACUCUUCGCAGGUGUAUGAGACCGACACCGAUCCGAUCGUCUACGCAAUCGGGCAUUGCCAUAUUGACACCUGCUGGCUCUGGCCUUGGGCGGAAACGAAACGGAAAGUCGCCCGCUCUUGGUCAAACCAGUGUGACCUGAUGGACCGGUAUCCGGAGCAUCGCUUUGCUUGUUCCCAAGCCCAGCAAUUUAAGUGGUUGAAAGAGUACUAUCCCUCCGUAUUCGACCGCGUGAAACAAUGGGUCAAAAGAGGAAAUUUCCAACCCAUUGGUGGUAGUUGGGUUGAGCACGACACCAACAUGCCUAGCGGCGAGUCAUUGGUGCGGCAAUUCCUCUAUGGGCAGCGCUUCUUCGAGAGCCACUUUGGAGAACGUUGUACAACCUUCUGGCUGCCAGACACAUUCGGCUAUUCUACGCAAAUCCCCCAGAUCUGCCGUCUCGCUGGAAUGAGCCGUUUUUUCACCCAGAAGCUCAGCUGGAACAACAUCAACAACUUUCCCCACACCACCUUCCAGUGGGUAGCUCUGGAUGGAAGCCAAGUCAUGUGCCACAUGCCUCCAUCAGAGACUUAUACGGCAAGCGCACACUUUGGCGAUGUCAAACGCAGUGUGACGCAGCAUAAGUCACUGGACAAAGACAACACAUCACUCUUGGUCUUCGGUAAGGGUGAUGGUGGAGGUGGUCCAACCUUCGAGCACUUGGAAAAGCUGCGUCGUUGCCGCGGCAUGAGUGACAAAGUGGGCUUGCUUCCUCGUGUCAAGAUGGGAGAAUCUGUCGAUGACUUCUUUGCCCGCCUUGAAAAGAAGGCAGCAGCUGGUACCAAAUUCGCAACUUGGUAUGGCGAGUUGUACUUUGAGCUCCAUCGGGGCACUUACACUACUCAAGCCAAUAACAAGCGAAACAACCGCAAGUCCGAAUUCUUGCUUCGAGAGAUCGAAUAUCUUGCCACAUUGGCAUCACUCCAUGGAGACAAAGAUUACCAGUAUCCCAAGAAGGAUAUCGAUGAUAUGUGGGAGGGUGUCCUUUUGUGUCAGUUUCACGACUGCCUGCCGGGUAGCUCAAUCGAGAUGUGCUACGAUGACUCCAACAAGCUCUAUAAGCAGAUCUUCGAAACAGGUCAGAAGGCCAGGAAGGAGGCGCUUCGGGCUUUGGGGGUCGGCAAGAACACGGCUAGCAAGGGCUUUGUCGCCCUCAAUACGCUGCCUUGGCCACGUUCCGAGGUUGUCAGGAUUCCCGCGGAGUUUGUAGCUUCAGGUGGUCCUAAAUAUGCCUUGGUCAGUGGUGAAACUGGCCUCAUUCAAUGCCAAGCUCCUGCUCCCAAGGCAGCUCCCGCUGUUACUGUCUCCGAGAUAAAGCCCGGCAUUUUCCGCCUGCAGAACACAAAUCUCAGAGUUGAUGUCCACAAUGGUGUGAUCACGUCUCUGUUCGACCUCAAGGCGGAUCGCGAGAUCAUUCCUAAGGGCGGAAAGGCUGGACAAUUGGUUAUCUUUGAUGAUAAGCCUCUUUACUGGCAGGCAUGGGAUGUGGAGGUAUUCCAUCUUGACUCCAGGAAGGAGCUACACUCUGGAAAGACAACCAUUUCCGAGAAGGAUCCCUACCGUGUCAGCGUUAUUAGCGAAACAAAGAUCAGCGAAAACAGCUGGGUCAAGACCACUAUCAGUCUGGCGGCAGCUAAUGGAAACCAACCUUCAUAUGUCGAGUUUGAGAGUGAGGUCGAAUGGCGGGAGACGAUGAGAUUCCUCAAGGUCGAGUUUCCUGUUGACAUCACCAACACGGAGGCAUCAUAUGAAACACAAUACGGAAUCAUCCGGCGUCCAACGCAUUACAAUACCAAUUGGGAUAUGGCCAAGUUUGAAGUAUGCUGCCACAAGUGGGCCGAUUUGUCCGAGUAUGGAUAUGGAGUCUCAAUCUUGAACGACUCCAAGUAUGGUUUCGCAACUGCUGGCAACCUUAUGCGCCUCUCGUUGCUGCGUGCGCCGAAGGCCCCAGAUGCCCACGCAGACAUGGGCCGGCAUCACAUCCGCUAUGCUAUUCUCCCACACGCUGGACCAUUGGAUGCACGCACGAUCCGAGCCGGAUACAGCUUCAACCACCCUCUUGUUCUUGAGUCGGCAAGCGGCCAGGGAGUCAGUGACGUAUUCAAGUCGGUUGCGCUUUCUGGAAACUCGUCUUUGGUCAUCGAUGUGGUCAAGCGUGGCGAAGAUGAUGAAGAUGUGUCCCGGGACAACCUGCCUCGGCGUUCCGGCAAGAGCGUCAUCCUCCGUAUCUAUGAGUCGCUUGGAGGCAAGAGCCGUGGCACUAUCCACACCAAGCUUCCCAUCAGCAAGGCUUGGAAGUGCAAUGUUCUGGAGGACGAUGAGACUCCUCUUGCACUUGUGCAGCGCACUGAGGGCACCACGGAUAUUGAUAUUGAGCUGAGGGCAUUUGAGGUGGCGACAUACCGUCUGCAAUUGUAGUAUCUUAGGGUGCCCUUAUACCUGUUUAUAGGCCACAUUGUAGUGUCAAUUUGUAUCAGACUGCCACACAAUGGAAAACAUAUUGUUAUUG